GAAGCAGCCAGCCGGAUGCAGCGCACCGCGCAUGUCCGCCCCGCGGCGGACGGUCACGCUGCUCCGUGUGCUCCAAUCAACGGACACUUUCCGAACACAGAUUUGGAAGAUGGCGACUGCCGAACCGGAAACCAACCUAAGUCCAUCCCUUCCAGGAGAGGAUGGAGCUGAAGAGGCAGGAGAGACUGGGCAGGAAAUUGUGAGCCCAGAAGCCUACAUCAAACACCACCUACAGAACAGAUGGUCGCUGUGGUUCUUCAAGAAUGACAAGAGCAAAACAUGGCAGGCGAACCUGCGACUCAUCUCUAAAUUUGACACAGUCGAAGAUUUCUGGGCUCUGUACAACCAUAUCCAGUUGUCAAGCAAUCUCAUGUCAGGCUGUGAUUACUCCCUUUUUAAGGAUGGUAUUGAGCCCAUGUGGGAGGAUGAGAGGAACAAGCGCGGAGGACGCUGGCUGAUCACACUCAACAAGCAGCAGAGAAGAUUAGACCUGGACCGAUUCUGGUUAGAAACUCUCCUGUGCUUAAUUGGAGAGGCCUUUGACGACUACAGCGACGAAGUUUGUGGCGCUGUGGUCAACAUCCGCACAAAGGGAGAUAAAAUUGGUAUCUGGACAUCAGACUAUGAAAACCGUGAUGCUAUAACACACAUAGGGAGAGUUUACAAGGAGCGCUUGGGGCUCCCCUUGAAGAUGACUAUUGGCUACCAAUCUCACUCUGACACAGCAACCAAAAGUGGAUCCACCACCAAGAACAGAUUUGUUGUUUGAGAAGCACCUUUUUCAACUUCUGGUCGUAUCUGUUGUUGGUGUUUACUUCGCUGCAAAGACUGCGGAAUGCAGUCCAAGACUACAUGCCAAAUGUUUCCAUAGCCUGCCCAAGCUUUAGACCACAUAAGUAAUUGAAUUUGUAUCUUCCAUAACACGAAACAAACACAUGGACAACACUUGUAAUUGGAAUAGUUUAGCAAAAAUAGCAACUGAUAUGAACACUAAAUAAGAAAUUGAUUCCUAUGUAUGUCAGGUUAUUGAUGGCCAUGUAAAUGUAUCCAUUGAGUGGUAUUACUAGAGGUUGCUAUUUAGAGUCUUGAUGAAUAAGGAAAAAAAACUUUUUUUUUAAUUGCAGUCAAUCAUUGAAUGCAAAAAUGUAUAUUUUUCUGCCAUUUUCUUUUACAGCAUGAUAGUUUGCUGUAAUUCUGUAAGAAAUGAAACCCUUUAAUUUAUUCUAGCCUGCAUAUUAAUUGGUAGGAUGGUUUUAUGCUUCUUUUUUGCCCUCCAUGUAAUCAAUCUUCUUAGUCUAAAUAUUUCAUGACUGAUAUUCUUUUGUGUUAAUAUAAUUAAAACAGGAAUUUUGCAA